CUCCGAUCCAUCCCCUAUAAAAUACCCCAAACCAAACCCCCUAAUUCCUCCAAUUCACCCCCAAAUCCCACAAUGCCACACUCCUCCACACCUCUCCUAUCCUCCAAUGGCGGACGACUCCCACAAUCCCCUCCCAAAACCCUCUUCACAAAACUCCUCUUCACCAUCCUCCUCCUCACCGCCGCCGUCGCCAUUUCCGCCGCCGCCGCUGCCGUCAUCUUCUCCACUGCUCCAUCAAUAAACUUACGACGGAAAUCCGUCGCUAAAAAACUCAACAAACCCGUCGUCAUCCUCAUCUCCGCCGACGGAUUCCGAUUCGGGUAUCAGUUCAAAACCCCCACUCCCAACAUCCAACGCCUGAUUCUAGAAGGUUCCGAAGCUGAAUUAGGUCUAAUUCCCGUCUUCCCGACCAAAACUUUCCCCAACCAUUACUCCAUCGCCACCGGCCUCUACCCCGCCCGCCACGGCAUCGUCGGAGACGACGGCUUCACCGACCCCGCCACCGGCGACAAGUUCAAAAAAGACACCGUCGACCCCAAAUGGUGGCUCGGCGAGCCGAUCUGGGAAACGGCGGCGAAGAACGGAUUAAAAGCCCUAACUUAUUACUGGCCGGGAUCCGAAGUCCCGAAGGGGAAAUGGACAUGCUCCGACGACGAUUACUGCAAGAAAUUCGCCAAAGCCGAAAAAUUCGACAAAAGAGUCGAAGGGGUUUUGAAAUCUUUCGAUAAUUCAAACAAGGCCGACGUCCCUUCCUUGGUAGCAUUGUAUUUCGAGGACCCGGACUCCCAGGGCCACAAGGUCGGCCCCGACGACCGGAACAUCACGGCGGCGAUAUCCUUAAUCGAUCAAAUGGUCGGAAAAUUAAUCGAAGGGUUGAAAGAUCGCGAAAUUCUCGACGAGGUGAACAUAAUUCUCGUCGGCGAUCACGGCAUGGUGUCAAAUUGCGUCGAAAAGACAGUUUUUUUGGAUGAUUUCUCGGAAUGGAUAGAAAUUAACUCCGAUUGGGUGGAGACGUAUUUUCCGGUGCUCGGCAUCCGGCCGAAGUCGACGAAACUGACUCCGAAGAACAUCGUGGAGCAGAUGAACAAGGCGAUUAAUUCCGGCAAGGUUAAGAACGGCGAAUACCUGAAAGUUUAUCUGAAGGAGGAUUUUCCGGCGAGGCUGAAGUACUCCGGCAGCGAUCGGAUUCCGCCGAUCGUCGGACUGCUCGACGAGGGUUACAAAUUGGAGAAGAACAACAAGACGAUGAGACAUUUGUGCGGAGGCGAUCAUGGAUACGACAACGAGCUGUUUUCGAUGAGGUCGAUAUUUAUUGCGCGGGGGCCGGAAAUUAAGGAGAAGGAGAAAGUGGAAUCGUUUGUGAAUGUGGAGAUAUACAAUUUUAUUACGAAGCUGUUGAAGAUUCCGGCGGCUGAGAAUGACGGGACGGCGUUCCUUGCGGAUAGGGUUUUGAAACGGAGCCGUUAGUAACGGCGUUGGAUGGUUGGUUGUAACGUUAGUGGUGAUUAAGGAGAAAGCUGUUGAUUAGGGUUUCGAAUGCUCGUACGGCUUAGGUUGGUGUGUGCGUUUAAUUUGUCUGGUUCGUACAUGUUGCUCUGUCGGAUUUGUGGGUUAUGUAUUAAUUGGGAGCUGCAUCGUGUCUGUUAGGUUGUAUUUAAAAUAAAUAAAUAAAUUGUAUGCUAUUAUUAUUAUUAA